AUGGUUGAUCCAGUCAUCAAAAAUGUGGCGUUUGAAGAUUUGGAGAACUCCUUCAAACAGAUUCGUGACAUGUACCGUAACCAGCAGCCAUUUGUGAUUUAUGUCGAUUCCCGCGACGGCACCCACGUUAGAAUGAAGUGUAUUUUCUUCAGUGGCAACAAAUGGAUUACAAUGGGGAAGACACUGAUCAUUGGCUAUGAUGUAUGCCACCCGGAGCCGCAGUCAAAAUACGAGCGGAGACUGAAAAUACCGCCAUCUCAGCCGAGUGUUCUUGGAAUAAGUUUCAAUGGAGCUGUUUGCGCCGAAACAUUCAUUGGCGACUACGCAUACCAAGAACCUCGGCAAGAGCGAGUGACCGGUUCCAUUCUCGAAGAGCGCAUAGGAUGGAUCUUGAACCUGUUUUGGCUGAAUCGUAACACGCUCCCGGAAACAGUGAUUAUCACCCGUGAUGGAGUAUCGGAAGGACAGUUCAGAAUG